AUGUUCGAAUCACCAAGUUCGCCGCAGCUCGCAAACGCAAGUAGCGAGCCGCGUCAGGCACUUCACACAUUUCCACCGCCCACCAUCUUCCCGCCUCUGAGGCAGCCCCACAACCAGACCAUCAUCUUCCUCCACGGCCGGGGCUCCAGCGCUCGCAUCUUUGCGCCCGACCUUCUUGAUACCUCUGUUGCUGGACUGGAGACGGACAAUGGUUCCAAAUCGCUGAGAGAGUCCCUACCAAACACUAGAUUCGUAUUCCCCACGGCGCCACGGUCGCGGGCGACUAUCUACAGGCGAUCCAUCAUCAACCAAUGGUUUGAUGGGAGCGGUGAUUGGGAGGAGACUGUUCUGGGUCAUGCGAAGGAGACCAUCGAGUUUUUGCAUCGCCUUUUGAGGGAAGAAGUCUUGCUUGUCGGCGGCGCAGAUAGAGUCUUUCUGGGCGGCUUUAGUCAAGGAUGCGCAACCGCUCUUGUCUGCAUGCUGCUCUGGGAAGGUGAUUCUCUCGGUGGCAUCGUGGGAAUGUGUGGGAUGCUGCCUAUGGGCGGCGGUCUCCGCGACAUUUUGCGUCAGGGCGACUCUGGUCAAGAAGGUCUAGAGUAUCACGGUACCAGGCAGGAAAGAAAUGUUGAUAUCGGGGAGGAUAUCCUUGAACCCACAGGCGAUGACAACUGGGACCCCUUUUCUCACGAGGAAGAUAGCUCGCAAGCCACUCCGCUGAUACAGGCCUUGGACCUUCUACGGGAAGAGAUAGGUUUUCCGCGACUGGAAUCCAACUCAGAACCUCGCGUACAUGAAAUUCCUGUGUUUCUUGGUCACGGUACCGAGGAUGAUAACGUGCUGCUCCGGUACGCUGAAGACGCCUCGAGCGUAUUACAGAUGGCGGGGUGCGAGGUCAUUUUCAAGAAAUACGAGGGGCUUGGUCAUUGUCAUUCCCCACAAAUGCUACGGGACAUACUUGAAUUUCUGGCUAGAGAGAAAGUUUGCUAG